ACGCAGCUGGAGCGGCUCGCGGUUCCAGCGCGCGCGCCUCUCUCUUCAGUCAGCGGAAUACAAACAGACCUGCUCACAAAAGAGGACAUAACUGCUUUCUGGGGCUUUUUCAGCCUAAUUUUUCUUCCGUAUUUUUACUCGGCUCGCCUGUUGACUAUGGGAACACGAACUGACACACACGCUCCGGGAAUUUAGCGCUGAAGAUGCCGCUCAGUGACAGCUGUUGACUGACAGACAGACCGGUGAGACGUGACGGACAGGUACCCCGCCGCGCUCCUCCAACCUAUGGCCUGAAGGAUAGUCAGCAGACAAGAUGCUGUGACCUCGAGUGUUUAUUCUGGACUUCACCGUGCUGGAGCUGAAGUAUGGGGCUGUUAUAGGCGGUAAAGCGGAGACUUUGGGGGGGUGGGGUGGGAGGGGGGUCUGUGUCUGAAUUUUGUCUGCGCUCCGUCCCCUCCGGUGGACACUGAACAUACCGGAGACGCGGACGGAGACGGCGUUGCUUUCCUGUCGUCUGUUUCGGCGGAGACAUGGCAGCUGCCAUCGCCAGCGGUUUGAUCCGCCAAAAGCGGCAGGCCAGGGAGCAACACGCCCACCGACCGACUGCUCACCGGCGGCGGAAAAGCCCCGGUAAGAAGCAGGGGCUGUGCAACGGCAACCUGGUCGACAUCUUCUCCAAAGUCCGGAUAUUCGGGCUGAAGAAGAGGAGGCUAAGGAGGCAAGAACCGCAGCUGAAGGGCAUAGUGACCAGGUUGUUCUGCAGGCAAGGCUUCUAUCUCCAGAUGGGCCAGGAUGGAAGUCUGGACGGGACCAAAGAUGACAGCACCAACUCCUCUCUGUUCAACCUAAUUCCUGUGGGUCUGAGAGUCGUGGCCAUCCAAUCAGUCAAGACGGGUCUCUACAUCGCCAUGAACGGAGAGGGUCACCUUUACUCCUCGGAACUGUUUACACCUGAAUGCAAGUUUAAAGAGUCGGUGUUUGAGAACUACUACGUGAUCUACAGCUCCAUGCUGUACAGACAGAAGGAGUCGGGCCGGGCGUGGUUUCUGGGCCUCAACAAAGAGGGACAGAUCAUGAAAGGCAACAGGGUGAAGAAGACUAAACCAGCUGCACACUUCCUGCCUAAGCCCAUAGAAGUUGCGAUGUACCGUGAGCCGUCAUUGCACGAUGUAGGAGAGGCGGUGCCUAAACUCGCAGGGGGCCCGCCUUCUAAAAGCACAACCUGUGAGCCUGUGGUCAUGAAUGGCGGCAAACCAGUCAGCAAACCCAGUAAGGAGGAGACAUAACCCCACCUCUCAUUUUUAGCCUCCCUGCCUGCCUGGCUGGCCGACUGACUGGACGCCAGGAAGCACCACAGACUUGCCCUGCUGCUGCGCUCUUGAAAAAAAAAUCAGAUAAAAAAAGAAGAAAUGCAAGAAAAGGUAACAAAACAAACAAACAGCUAUAAGCUCUGACUGGACAGCGACAGGGGCUGGACCUCAGCCAACUGGACACUGGUGUGGGGCGGCGCCAGGGGGACGGCGCUCCCGUUAAGAAGGUUGCUGAACUGGGUGAAAUGGGACAGUGGCGUAAGUUCUCAGUUAAAGGACAUAAAAAAAACAAAAGUCCUUGUUCACUUAUUUAUUUAUUUACUCAUUCAUUUAUUGAAGCUCCUGCUUUCCUCUGCUGAAAGUUUUCUGUUACUUGCUUGCUCCAGGCCGCAGACACACAUCCACUCAAACUCCGCUCCACUCCAAAUCGACCGCUUGGAUUCGAUCUUUAAAUACAUUAAAAGCAUCAGCAAACACCGGAGAAAGACCAUUUUAAAUACCAAACAGUGAUGAUUCAGAGGAAAGCUUAAUCAUCAAUCACUUAGGAUUUGGAACAGGAUGUUCUGUACUUAAACUACAUCAAAACACAUCAGGAAACGACACGUUGCAUACGGUGAACUCGCCAUUCGCCGUCUCCCUCACUACACGUCUCAUCGAGAAGACACAAAACUAGUUCAGAGAAGACAAAACGAGUCUUCACGUGAAGAUGAUUUAUAACGAAUUCCCAAUUUGUAGCAGCAAGGUGUGUAUCCGAAGUUUGCAGGUGCUGCAGCACCUUGGUAGCAGUCUGUGUUUACAUAGGGUAGCAGAUUUAGAUUAAUAUGAUCAAACGGUGUCCUCAGCCAGGAGGACUUUUGUAGACUUUUUCCUUUACUCGUUGCCUUCCCAAGUACUUGAAAACAAAAGAAGAAACAGGGUAUUUGAACGUGGAAAGAGCCUGUGUUACUGGGACCACUAUAAUCCAGGUUAAUAGUCCAGGAUUUUUAGAGUUUAACUAUAUGACGUUGAAAUGAAUUUAAAGGUCCUAAAGUGUUAUCAGCUGAUACCCAUGAAGUAGCAUUUAUAAGAUGUUCUCAGACUGUUACUGCUGAUUCAGUUUUUGCUUGUGGAUUCUUAAAACUGAGCUUACGUUCUGCUUUUAGCACAGUUUUCAGAUUGUUUCGGCUUGUUUGUCCUGUCGCCCCUUUGCCAUUUUGUACCUCCGUUUUAUACCGACCUCUUCCCGUAUCAAAAUAGUUGUCAUAUGUUAUGAAUCCCUUUGACCUGCUUUAAUUCUCACAUUUAGUUUGCUAUUUACAAUUAAAACCUCAUUUAAAAUUAAGAAAAUUUGGAGAAAAAAAAAGAAAAGAUUCUUCAGCUUUGUCCCUGUAUUCAUCUGUUAAAUUAGAGGUUCUUAAGCCAAAAGCCUUUUCAGAUUUUUCCUAUCAUAUUUAUAGCAUAAAAAAAUCUUACUUAAAAAAUAUUUUUCCCAUUCUUACAAAUAUUAUCUCACCAAAAUGCCCAGAAGACGAGAUGCAAAAUGUGUAAAACGUGGUAAAAAUGUUGGUUGUCACGUGUGAAACAUGGUAGGAAAUGGUGAAGGGACGAGCUGACCUGCAGCCUUUAUAUGAGACUGUGAAUGAAAAGGAGAACAGCUGCGGAGCACAAGACACUUUUUUUGGAUUUUCCCUCGUUUCUUUUUAAGUUGAAUUCUUCCAAGAAGGUCGAAGACAAACUCCGUCUACAAGACUUAGGACUUAGUGCUUCUGAUGGGGUUGAAGUAGUUUGAUUACACUAUUUAUAUUUUAUUUUGAAAAACAAACAAAAAAAAAAAACAAAAAAAAAAGACCUGGAGCAGAAGUGCCACAUUAAAAAAUACAUCUGAAUUUCCGAAUUACCUGCCAAAGUGAGAGGCUUCAACAUCGCAAACAGGCAUUUUUAUUUCAGAAAGUCCCCCAGUGUUUACUCUCUUGCUCAUUUACUCAGUUUUACUCAAUUCCAUUUUUCAUGUUUCACUUGCUUUGAUGUCAAAUAAUUAUGUCUGUUCCUGAAUUACUGCAACCCUCCUUUCCUCAAUUACUGAUAACUCCUCCUAACACUUAAAACAGUAGGUGCCUUUUUCGGCUGCAGUCUGGCCGUCACCGAUCCACACAACUGUAAAACCAGACAAAAUUGAUUUAUUUCUGAACUCGACCAAUUGAAACUGUUUAUUAGUACUUAUUUUUCGUCAUAUGUAUAAUUUUGAUCCACAGUGGCUUAAAGAAAAGCAGAUCAGUUCCCGCAUGUAGUUUUAGGCCUUGCAUGAAUGUACAAUCCAAGUUUUAUUUUCCAACUCUAACCUUUCCGCCUCCAUUACAAAUUGGCUAUAAACCAGCCUGCACAUUUACUGAUGAAAACUCAAACUUAAAAGCGACUUAAAUGUAUUUAAUGAUUACCGUUACACAGGCACAGGCCAAUGUGAGAUCUAAUGUUGGCUUUUUUUUUUUACUCAAAAUACCACCAUAUCAGGACUCACAAGUAAAUUUGAAGUGUAAAACAUAGUCUUAUGUGUAUUUAUAACAGGUAUUUGUAUUGCUGCAAGGAUGCCGAACUGCAGUGAUUUUUACUUGAGAUGCACUGAGAACGUGCCUGGUGACCAGAACUGGUCAUAAACAAAUGGAGGUUCAUUUAUUUUGUAAUCCAGCAACGCCUCAUAAUUCCUAAAAAUAACUAUCUAUGAGACAUGAAGUCCUUCCUAACAGCCAGUAAUAAUAAUAAUAAUACAUAUAUUUUUAAGGGAAUAAAAUGUAGGCGAAGUAAAAGUAAAAGCCUUCUUUCAGUUUUUUCAUAAAGCUUGAAAAAAACUGAUAAUUCUUGCACUUUCUCUGGCAUCUCCCUAAAAGGACUUUGAAUUGUUUACCUUAAUUUUUUUGAAACCAGCCCUUUCUCACUGACACCAGUAGUUAAUUAAUUGUCCUGAAAUCCCCAAAGUAACACUUGAGUUUGUGAGAAAAAAUCCUAAAGCCAACCUCUCACUGUGAAAGCCAGUUUGUUCUGGGACUUUUCUGUUUCCUCAUAUUUCUUUGACCGCAAGACUAGACGCCAGUCGCUUCCUCCUCCAGAUAUCCCAGGAGGAGAUACUGUCAUACUGUGAUCCCACUUUGAGAUUAAUGGCAGGCGCAUAUUAAUGCAUUCAGGAUCUGCUUAUUAAAGCAAUUAAAACAGACACUGUGUAUCCCUUCUCGCUUUGAAUCUCAAUUUUGGACCAAAAUAACCCCUUUUGCAUUUUAAUCAGAUGAUUGAAACACUGUCCUGUUUGCGGAAGAUUAAUGACCUUUGUCGACGUUGCCACAACUACAAAGCGGCAACGCGACAAAGCAGUCUCCCUGCAGAAAUCAAGGCUGCUGUGAUUCAUUCGCACAUCAAACGAGCAGCGGCGUCUCAAGCCUUGGCAACAGGUCUGUAUCUGUUCAGCAGGUGAAGCGGCGCGCGCGGACGUUGUUUAUCUGAGUCGGAUGUGGCCGGGUGCUACAGACCUCGCAGUGUUUCCAAUUGACAUUUCAAAGAUUCGGUUCUCACGUACACCACGUAAUUUCUCUCCUUCGCCGAGCUCAUUAGCUGCUUCUCGCAUUCAUGCACAAAUGUGGUCGAGCAGCACAUCUUAUUACAUGAGCCAUCAUUGGGACUGAUGUGGUCACCGAGGUGUUGUCUUUUCGCCUUUAAAUGGGGGGGCUUAAUGAAAUAUAAACCAGUUUCUGUGCUAAUUUGUAAAGACAAUAAAAAAGGAGAGGAAAAUGAAAAGAAAUGGCAAAGCGAGUGCCUCUCAUUAACCCAGCUUGGGUCAAGCUGUAAGAUCCAGCUGUGGCUCCUUAAUUUCUCUACCCUCAAAGUUUGACUUUAGCUUCGUUCUGUCUAAUGUUCUAUGGAAUAAUGUUAAUGAGGAACAAGUCUGGUGCUGUGCUCGUCUCAUGUCAAAGAAAUGUGGAUAUAACAUUUAUUUAUUAACUGUUGUGUCACAGUUGGGGGCAAAAAAAAGAUAAAAUAAACCCUGACAAUCACAUACAGUGGCUUGGAAAAACUAUUUAUAUCCCUUAAAUGUUUUCACAUCUUGUCACGCAAAGAUUUCAAAACAUUUUAUCAGUUAAAGUGAGUUCAUUCAACGCAGUUUUAUUGGGUUUUUGC